AUGUUGAGAUUCAACUGUGACAGGAAGCGGUUCGGCAAAGGACACUUCGACUACACCGAUGUCGAUCAGGCGACAGGAAGCGAACAUCUAGAGAGUGACAACUUCUCAUCGAUGGAACGGGCGCUGGACGGCACAUCUUUACUGAAGAUUCCUCCUCUUGAUCAGCCACUGGAUGAGAAAUGGGAGACGGUAGAGGGCGAUUGGGUGAUGGCUAAUGUGUCCACCCUAAGCCAUUUAGGCUCAGACAUCCCGUUCCUGCCGUCGGCUCGCUUAGAUGAAGCCACUAUGUACAUUACGCUAAUCGACUGGAAUACUGUGAAGACACGAAUGCACGUCGCACACUUGUUCGUAUUCAUGGAAAGCAGUAAACACCUAGCGCAUCCUUGUAUGCAGAUAAUACCUGUGAAGGCUGUUCGAAUUGAACCACUUGGCGAAGGAGGAUUCUUCGCAAUCGAUGGAGAACCAUACCGAUCCGGAUCUUCGUUUCAGGUGGUUCCAAGCAAAUACUGUUCCACCGUCGUCGGAAGGAAGUGA